UGACUUACAAGCUUUCUGGCUUCUGCUCGCCGCAGCGUCGAGUCGUCUGCUAGGCCGCGCGCAACGUUCCGCAAUAGCAGCCGCAGCGUGCAACAAACAAUCGCGUUUACCAGUGUCGUUUCGAGUGCAAUUGUUCCAAUUAUAAGUGACUCGUCAUGGCCGGUUACGACCUCAAGAGCGAGGAGGACGUCAAGCUCUACCUCAAGAACCUCCUCACCGAGUACACCUACGGAUGCUACGGCGAGAAGAAUCCCGAAGUGUGUCAUCUGCUGGGCGACUAUCACGAGGCAGUCAAGGCCGACCCCGCCACGGCGGCCGACAUCUACCAGAAGAACUGCGACAACAUGCAGUACGGCCGUAGCUGCGCCAAAAUCGGAGGCUGGAAACUCGUGGGUAGGGGCUGCGAGAAGAACGUGCAGCGCGGCUACGACUACCUCAAGCAGGGCUGCGAGCUCGGCGACUCGAUAGGCUGCACCAACGCCGGCAUCGUGGCCCUCGUCUCCAAGGAGAUCCACAAGGCCGACAAGGCCGCCGCGGUGCGCGCCGGCGUCGCCAUGCUCCAGAAGGCCUGCAACGAGCACAAGGACCAGAAGGGCUGCUUCUUCCUCUCGGGCGUCUAUCUCAAGGGCAUCGAGGGCUGCGUCAAACGCGACCUCGUGGAGGGUUACAAGGUGUCGCUCAAAGCCUGCGAGUUGGGCUCGCCUUACGCCUGCUUCAACAUCGCCAAGAUGCACGAGCGAGGCGAGGGCGCGCAGAAGAGCGACAAGCUCGCCGAGACGUUCAAAGCCCGGGGACGGGAGCUCGAGAAGCAGAUCAAGGAGAAUCAGCCGACCAUAUCGUUCGGUCAGGGCAUCGACCCGUAAUAUAUAGUAAACGAGAUGCUUCACUCUGCUCCCGUUUUUGUACAUUUGUAUCAUACAUGUAUAAUGUCAUUAUGUUGUCUCUUUAUUAUUAUAUAUUGUAAAAUACACGCAUCUUUACUUACGUACGAAAUGUAUCUUUUUUUUGUUCACCAUCGUUUCCCGAGACAAUAACAAGAAAAUAACUCAUUGGAAAUGAGC